AUGCCUCAGCAAAAACUAGGAAUAGAGUGGCUAAACACAGAAUUUCAGCUUAAAAAUUUUCCUGUCAAAUAUCUAGGAUGCCCACUAAUAGCUGGAAGACAAAAAAUAUGCCAUUAUGCAGAGCUGAUAACCAAAAUUAGAGUUAGGGAAUGGCAAACAAGAUUACUCUCGCCAGGGGGAAAGGCAAUACUAAUCAGGCAUGUCCUACAAGCCAUUCCUAUUCAUCUACUAUCAGCUAUGCACCCACCAAAAGGAGUUUUUCAGCAGAUAGAAAAGAUCCUAGCCAGUUGUUUUUGGAGAGGAUCAGAUGGUAAUGAUAGACAUCACUGGGCAUCUUGGAAGGUCCUAUGUUACCCUUACCAAGAGGAUGGUGCACAAUUCAGAAGGUUGCAGGAUGUGUACAAGGCCUUUACAGUUAAAUCCUGGUGGAACUUACGAACGGGCUGCUCACUAUGGAGGGAUUUUAUGCUAGCCAAAUAUUGCAGGAGAGGGCAUCCUACAACAGGCAAUGUGUCAUUCUGGUAUGACAACUGGACGGGGCAAGGAGCUCUAGUGAGUCAACUAGAGGAAGAGGCGAAGCCUAAGGAUAUUCCAUUGUCCAGGGUACUCAGACAUGGUGAGUGGAAAUUAGAUGCACUAGAUGUGGACGUACCAGACAUUGUUAGAAGUAUAUUGCAACAACAAUCUAUAGAUUUAACUCCAGGAGCAGUGGAUAGAGCAAUAUGGUCUGCAAACGACUCAGGAAAAUUCACAGUAGCUUCAGCCUGGGAAUUAUUACGGCAAAAACAAAGUCAGUCACCUAUGGCUUCUAAAAUUUGGCAUAAGCAAGUCCCUUUUAAGAUGGCUUUUACCACUUGGAGGGCAAUACAUAAUGGGCUGCCCACAGAUGACAGGAUAGCCAUGUUCGCCAUUAAUUUAGUCUCAAUGUGUUCCUGCUGCUACCCGCCUUCCUCUGAGCUAGAAACUGUGGAGCACAUUUUUUACUAUAUUGCUUCUCUCAUUGUUAAAAUUCUUCCGGCUGUGAUCAUCUGGGAACUCUGGAGAUCGAGGAAUGCCUCAAAAUAUGGGGAAGAAUCGCCAUCAAGAUGCAGGUCAGAGUAUAACAUCAUUCAGGUUCUCUGUGAGUUAGUAAAGCAAAAGUUUGGGAGGCUACAAUUACAAUACUCUUGGGAACAAUUGCGAUACAUUGUUGAUAAACCAGUAAUACACAAAUCAUGCAUUAUUGUUAAAUGGAAAAAACCACCAGAAGGGAACUACAAAUUGAAUACAGAUGGUAGUUGUGGGGCAGGAGGAGUUAUACGAGAUAGUAGAGGGCAACUUGUAUUGGCCUUCUCAAUUUAUCUAGGGCACGGUACAAACAACUGGGCGGAGAGCCAAGCUAUGCUAUUUGGAUUGCAACUAUGUGAAGCAAAUGACCUUGACAAUAUCCAGGUAGAGACAGAUUCGCAGAUACUAACAUCAUGUAUGAAUAGAAAGACCACGACGCCAUGGAGGAUGAUCCAAGCAGUGGACACCAUCAAACAGGUAAUCGAUGAGAAAGGGUUUGUCGUGCAACAUUGUUUUCGUGAAGAAAACAAAGUAGCAGAUAAAUUGGCAGCACUUGGUCAUACGCACAAAAGGCGCCUGGUAUACACCAACUAUGAAAGGCUCCCAAGAGUAGUUAGAGGACUUAUCCAACUUGAUAAAUGGGAGAUGGCAUCCUUUAGAAUUAGACCACUGAAAGCUAGGGAAAUUCAUUUUGACCCCCCAUAA